GAGCUCAUAACAGAACUGUACACAAAACUGUAGACGGGGGAAAUUCAAUGGACUUUGUUGUGAAGAAGAUUGAAGAGUUGGAUAUAUCCAGGUAUCACAUGAAGGGACACUAUAGGAAGCUUGGCUCGCCAAAGAAUGAUAACACAGAUGAUCUUACUGAUAACACUAGGACUGCAGAGAGAGCCUCAGUGAGAUGGCCACCCUCCCUCACGGUUUUGAGGACAGCAGAGCCACACGUACGACAGACGCAGUCCAUCCCCACUCACCCUCCCUGCACCCCCCUGAAGCACACCCCACCCGGCCCUUACGGACAGGGAUAUCCACCACAUCCACCUCAACCUUCAGGCAAGGAUCGGUCCAAGUCGGUGGAGCCCAGAUACGAGCCCCGCCACCUGGACUUUAACUUCCUGCGCAGGGCCUCUGCCAUGGAGCAGGUAGAGGGGGAGCUCCAGUACCGGUGUGCUGGGUGCCUGUUGCUCUAUCCCAGCCUGGCCGUGCUGCAGAACCACAUCGGCCUCAGCUGGAUGGAGGGCUUCAGCUGCCGCGUCUUCUACAGGAAGCUGAGGGAGAUCUGCAACAGGAACGAAACCAAGAAGCUCCACGGGAGGGUCCAAACAAGUAGUGUCGCUGAGAAGCAGCUGAGGCCACCAACGUGCGGGGCAGCACUGGGCCUUGCUAGAGGGGGUAGGAGUGGAGGGCAGACAGGGCUGAAGCAGGGAGAUCCUCCUGGAGCUGCAGGAAGGAGGGACCAGGGGGCACCCAGCCACAGGUUGACUCUGGAGUCGGUGGAGACCAUAAGAAGGAACACAGCCGUUCACAAGUGGCUGAAUGAGAUUGAAUGUUACCCCUUCCCUGAUGUCACCCAGUCACCAGAGAGAGCAUAAAACAUCCCUCUUUUUGAUUCAUCAGUUUCACUGAAUGAGAAAGACUAUUGGCACUGAAUUAAAGACUAUUGGCAUUACAUUUCUCAGUGUAAAGGUGUCAUUGCUGUCCUAGAGGAUUUGCUCUGGGAUGGUGGGACUGGUUUGUGUUAUUCACAAGCAGAUA